AAGACGUGUUCAGAAGGCUUUCGAUAUCUCUAAAAAGAAAAAAAAUUGAUAUUCGUGUUUCCGAAUUUCAAAAUCUCGAGCCUUAUACUACGGAUAAGUAAAACCCACCAGAGAGAGUCAAAAGCCACAGAAACCAACAUGCGUUUGAAGGCGGCCCCCGUGUUCAUGUUCUAUGGAACUGUGUCUUGCCUGCAGAUAUUGGAUGAAUGCAUGUCGAAGAAGAACUUGGAAACAUACAUAAAAGGCAGUGAGAUGAAGCUCAGAGUCUGGGUUCCAGAGAUCGGCGACGCCACUUUUCUCACACUGAUCUCUAAGAAUGACCGGACGGGGAUGUCAAGAAAAAUCGAGAUUAAGAAAAACGUAACAACUGUACAGACUAGAGAUGAAGACACUGUCAGCCCAGAACAAGAACUGCAGAUACAAAACAACAGCCUUCCUCGUGGCUGGGUAAAUUUCAUAGUCAUUUCAAAUGAAAACUUCACGGUAACUGUUCCUGACGUCAACCUAACUCUCAUAGAUGUACAAGAUGUUGUUCAAGACAAAUACAUAAUGAUCACAGGAAGCAAUGUGACAGCCAACUGCAUGUUACCCACGAACCAGUGGGAAGUGUCCGUCGACCAAGAAACCUUUAUCCCGCUGAGCUCAAACGCGUCCCACGACUUCUUGCUGUUCUCAAGAGCUCCCUUCACGCCCGUGCUGGCGGUCGGAUUGGACGGCAAGGAGUCUCUUAGAUUUAUUUCGCUAACCCAUGUCUUUGAUUCUGAAUCCCAAGUGCUGUCCCCUUUUUUGGUGUAUAAUUUCACGUUGGACUACGCUUCUAUUGACGAAGGAUGGAAUUCAUACCAUAUCCAGGCGGGCGACUCUAAAAUCUCGUUGGGAUCCUUUCCCCGUGAGGACACUCCUCUCUCCUUGAUAGCCUCUGGGAUAGACGACUACAUCAUUGUUCAAGGCAUAAGGAAAGGACCAGAUCAGGAAGGGGGCUGUACAGGAGGUGACCAAGGCGAGGAUGAGAACGGAGCAGUACCAGUUAGAUUCGUCUGGAUGACAAUAAUUGCCACGGCAAUAUUAGUGGCAAUAGUUUCAUCACUCUUUAUAAUGGAAUCUACAAAACUAAACAGUACAUGCAUACAAAUUACGGAGGAAUCGACGAUCAACUCAAAGAAGAAACUAAAUAUUUUUGAACACCUAAAUAGCUUCGUGAGAGUGCUUAGCCACAAAGAAGCAGGGGUGGUCAUAGUUCUAUAA